AUGAAGGUUCAUCCGGAAACCGUUCGUAAAGCACUCCACACUGCGGGUUUAGGGGCUGUCGAGAAGGAAAAGAAGUUUUUGCUUAGUCACGCUAAUAAGCGUGCUAUUUGGACAGACAAGACCAACAUUAACCGUUUCAACUCAGAUGGGCGACAGUGGGCCUGGAUCCGAUCUGGUGAACAGCUUCAAAACCACCAUGUCAAGCUCACGGUAAAACACGGUGGUGGUAGUAUCACACUUUGGAGUGUCAUUACGUAUGCUGGUGUUGGCUGGAAGUGCAUGAUAAAUGGUAAUAUGGAUAAAGCACUCUACAAGAAAAUCCUUCAAGACGAAUCGGAGCAGACUAUCACUUUUUCCAUCGAGAAAUUGGGCUUCCGCCGUGAACAACAAGUGAUAUUCCAGCAAGACAAUGAUCCUAAACACACCUCAAAUUUGGUCAAGGAUUACCUUCAGGAACAAUCAUACCAGGUCAUGGAGUGGCCCCCACAACCUCCAAACUUCAAUCCCAUCGAAAACAUGUCGGCUUUGUUGAAAAGGCGUCUUAAUGAGUAG